GGGACGCGACAGUCAGGGAUCAGUGUUAGUUCCACCAUGACGGGCCGUGAAAUCUAUCUCUCCGGUGCACAAGCCAGAACAGCGUAUGAAACACGCAACGGUGUCCCUCUCACCCUCCACACCACACUACGCCCACCACCUCACCACCGCCGACAACACAAUCAAACAAACCAAAUAUGUCCGACGGCGUCCCCCGCAACCGCAAACCGCCUCUCCCACCCGCCUCCCCAGGGUCUAAAAAGUCCUCCAAGAAAAGUGCCGACGACGACGACGAGUCCCUGCCACGAACCAUCAGCUUCGUCGACCUCCUGCGCGUGCUCUCGGGGCUCCUCGUCCUCAGCUGCGUCUUCAGCUGGCUAAUAACCGAUGGCUCCUCACUGACGUGGAACUACCGGCCCCGCAUCAGCCGCUGGCGCACUCUGAAAUCCAUCUUCCAACCCUCCGUUCUCCUGACCGAGCACGAGCUGAGUGCGUACACGGGCGCGGACGCCGGGCAGCCAAUCUACGUCGCCGUCAACGGCUCCGUCUUCGACGUCUCCGCGAACCCCGGCAUGUACGGCCCCGGCGGCGGGUACAGCUUCUUCGCGGGGCGGGACGCGGCGCGCGCGUUCGUGUCUGGGUGCUUCGAUACGGAUCUGACGCACGACCUGCGCGGGCUCGAGGAGAUGUAUAUCACCGGCACGGCUCGUGUGGAGGAUGAUGCCGAGGCGGCGGAGAUCGAGACGCUGGUCACCGAGGGGAGGCAGGAGACCCAGGGCCGCGUUAGGUGGUUGAGAAAGAGGCGCGAGAAGAGGCGCCAGGAGGCGCUGCUGAAGGUCAAGAAGCAGAUUGAUCAUUGGGAUAAUUUCUUUAGGUUCCAUGAUAAGUACUUUUAUGUCGGCCAGGUGUUGCAUGAGAGUUUAGAGGACAUGCCGGUGAGGGAGCUCUGCAAGAAGCAGGGGAAGGGGAAGAGGGGUGGCAAGGCGGGCAAAGCGCCUUCGGGUGGGAGUAGGUAGGCGUGGUAGAGUGUACGAUGUUGUAUGCGUCUGUCUCUUUGUCUCUCUGUCUAUUUAUAAGUGCAAGUGGGAAGAUAGUUUUGUUUAUUUACUACGUACGUCAGUGGACUCAAGCGGGCAUUGAGUGGAAGUGUAUCAAGAACCGUGCUGAGAUAUUCGUAUUCAUGUCUACUCAGCAGGCGCACGGUAGGAUACCGUAUCUAAAACCAACGCAGCACUUGAGGUAUGACAGCGAGCAUCGAGUCUAUCGAGAGAUUGCGCAGAUAUAAGGACGAAUGAAUGAUAGUAGAGC